AUGGACGACGACGCAAGCCAGAAGCGCAAGUUCGACGGCGCCGCUGGUGGUCGGCCUCCCAAAGCCGCCAAAUCGGGCGGUGGUGGCGCAAAGAUGUCGUUCGCUCAGAAGAUGAUGGCCAAGAUGGGGUAUAAGGAGGGCCAAGGUUUGGGAAAGGAAGGGGAGGGCAUGGUCAAUCCGAUUGAGGUGAAGUUGCGACCGCAAGGCGCCGGUGUGGGCACAAUCAAGGAAAAGACCAAGCAGUAUAAGGAAGAGCAGAAGCGGAAAGCGGAGCGGGAGGGCAAAGAGGUCGACGACAGCAGCGAGGAGGAACGCCGGGAGCGACGAGAAAGACGCAAAAAAAGUCAGCGGGGCGUGGGAGGCAGUGGAGCGGGCACCACACGUGGUGGACUGCCACGGAAGGCAAAGCCCAAGUACCGGACUGCUGCAGAUGUAGAGGCUGCUGCGCCGGGCUUGGAUGUGCCGGCGCAGAUGUUGAGCUCCAUCCUGGAUGCUACCGGCGGCGAACAGAAGAUGCGCACGAGCGCGGCCGGCCUUAUGGUUCCGGCUGGUAUGCCUACCGACUCCGAGGCCGACAGGAUUACCAAGCGAGAACGCAUGGAGCUUGAAGCAUUCAUUGAGGCAUGGCACGGCAUUCAAGAGCAGAAAGUCUAUAUCGAAGAGCACGAGGGCCAGCAUCAAGUUGAACUGGAUCAGACGAUGGAAGAUCUGGAGAAAUUGCAACACAUCACUGCAGCUGUUGAAGAUCUCAAAUUGGCGCCACAACAGCUGGUGGUCCUUAACAAGGAUAAGCUCGACAAGUCACCAUGGGCCACUCUCGUAGAUAAGCUCGAGACCAUACAAAACGAUCACCUGCAUGACAUCGAACGGUACGGUCUCAUUGAUGCUGCGGUUGGCGCCGUUGCACCUGCCUUCAAAGAACGUUUAGCAGACUGGGAGCCUUUGGAGAAUGCCGAUAAGCUCGUUUCGGACCUCAACAGAAUCCGAGUCAUUCUUGGUCUUGAUCAGCAAAACGAGCUGGCUACCGCAAGCCGGCACAAAAGUCUGGACGAGUCAUACGGCAGGUCACGUCGCCAGAAAGCCACAUCAACAUACGAAUCGUUGAUGUACACCGUCUGGCUGCCAAAAGUUCGAACAGCUGUAACCCAUUGGAACAUCCUCGAUCACUCUCCCAUGACAGCACUUGUGCAAUCCUGGCGUCCGCUGCUUCCGUCCUUCAUCUUCGCCCACCUUGUUGAUCAACUUAUCGUACCAAAGCUCUCGUCGGGUCUUCAACAAUGGGACCCCCGCAAGAGAAACCACCACCACAAGCAUGCGACAAUCAAGCAUGCACAGCCGCACACAUGGAUCUUUCCGUGGUUGCCUUACCUACCUCCGUACCAGCUCGACCCCAAAGCAUCUGCUGGUGGGUUACUCGUUGACUUCAAGCGGCGGCUUCGUCAGAUUCUUGAUUCAUGGGACAUCUCAUUUGGUGUUCUGCCCGGUCUCACAGAAUGGCGUGACUUGCUUCGAUUGGAACUGGACCAUGUCUUAAUUCGACAUCUCCUUCCGCGACUGGCUCUACAUCUCUCUGCAAGGUUUGAUGUCAAUCCCUCUGACCAGGACCUUACACCUCUCGAAGACGUGCUCAAGUGGCAACCCUUGUUCAAGAGCGACGUCUUGGCUAGGUUACUGGUGGCUGAGUUCUUCCCAAAGUGGCUAUCGACACUGCACAUGUGGCUUACCUCUGAGGAUGCCAAUUUUGAAGAAGUCGGAGAAUGGUUCCAAUGGUGGAAGCAGCAGCUACCAGAUCAGCUGUCGGAUCAUGCUGAUGUCGCUAAAGAAUGGGCUAAGGGUACCAAGAUGAUCAACGAUGCCCUGGAUCUGCUCGACCAAGACACGCCAUUGUCGCGACUAGCGCCUCCUGCUGCCGGACCAGCGAAGCCAAUUGCCAAGGACAUUGCCGCGAAGCUUGACCGAAAAGAGCGAAAGCCGGUGGCAGAAGCAGUGGAAGCGGAUUUCAAGGACGUUGUCGAGAGCUGGUGCGCCGAGAAUGAUCUUAUGAUGCUGGCAAUACGAGAGCCACACCAAAGUACAGGCUUGCCACUUUUCCGCAUCACCGCAAGCGCGACCGGUAGAGGAGGUGUGGUGGUCUACUUCCAGGCCGAUCUGGUGUGGGCACAGAAGAAAGGGGAGAAGGGAACUUUCGAGCCUAUUGGACUGAACGAGAAGCUUGCCGAGAGAGCGGAAGGUCGAUAA